ACGCACAAUAGACCAGGGGAGGUCUGCUGCGCAGGGUCACUGCGCAUAGCCGGAAAAACAAUAGCGUCAACCACGCGUGGAAGAUUGGGAAACACAUGAGAGUAAAAUCUAGUUGUCACAGGUCCAGACGGAGGACAUGAGGGGUCGCAGCCAUCGGGCUGGACGAGCUGCAAGGAAGAGGAGGCAGAAACAAGAAAGCGUUGUUCAAUCAGUUUCUCUGUGUCACCAGCUGCAGUAUGUAAGGCUGAUGAAGUUUCUUCACCAAAGGGGGUUCACCUCAACGCUGCUGCAGCCAGCCCUCUUCACUGACACGGGCAGAGGACUGCAAGCUCUCAAGACCAUAAAACCCGGCCAGCUGCUGAUUUCUCUGCCACAGUCCUGUCUCCUCACAACCUCGACUGUCCUGGACAGCUACCUGGGACAGUAUAUCAAGAGCUGGAAGCCCCGCCUGUCUCCCCUGUUGGCGCUCUGUGCCUUUCUGGUGUGCGAGCGACACAGAGGAGAGGCCUCUGAUUGGUUCCCCUACAUCGACGUGCUGCCUGCCGCUUACACCUGCCCCUCCUAUUUCACCGACGACGUCAUGGCUGUUCUGCCUACCAGUGUGCAGAGGCGGGCUCUGGAGCAAAGGGAGUCGGUGCGAGAAAUCCACUCCUUGAAUCAAGACUUCUUCAGAUCCCUGCAGCCAAUCCUGAACCAGCCUGUGGAGGACGUGUUUACAUAUGAAGCUCUGAGGUGGGCAUGGUGUAGUGUGAACACACGCUCUGUCUUCAUGUCCCACCCCUCCAACGACUUCUUGUCUGGACAGGAUGUUUACGCUUUAGCGCCUUUUCUAGACCUGCUCAAUCACCGCCCUGAUGUGCAGGUCAAAGCAAGCUUCAACGACGUGACGAGAUGUUAUGAAAUCAGGAGCGUUUCCGGGACACUCCGUUACCAGCAGGCCUUCAUUAACUACGGUUCCCAUGAUAACCAGCGCCUGAUGUUAGAGUACGGAUUUGUGGCCCCCAGCAACCCCCACAGCGUGGUCUACAUCAGUACAGAUCUGCUCAUCGAUGUUUUAAGAGGUGACAGAAGUUUGGAUCAGAAGAUCAAGUUUCUCAGAGAGAACGAUUUCCUUCAUAAUCUCACCGUGUCCAGUGAAGGUCCCAGUUGGAGGCUGAUGACGGCUCUCAGACUGUUGUCACUCCCACAGACACUAUACCACCACUGGAGGGCAGUGUUGCUCGGACAGAGUGUGUGUGAAGAGAGAGAGGAGUGGAGCAUCCGGACAGCAAAGACGAUCUGUCAGCGACUGCUACAGGACACACACACAGCUCUGGAUAAGAUCUCCCUCCUGCUCCGACAGGGAGACCAAUCAGUCGUGGAGCAGCUCGAUGUGGUCAAGUUGCUGCGACAAGAGGAGAGGUGCAUCCUGGGAAGCUGUCUCGAAGCACUGGGAGGCACGCUGAAACAACCAGAGGACCCGUUACCACGGCAGCCUGAUGUUGACACCGUGAGCUGACAUCUGGCGGUCGCUACAAGAAGCGAGGUUAUUGGCUGAACUGGUGAUGCCGCACCGUCUCCAUGUUUUGGUUCUGCUGGUCGACUAAUAAGGCUGAUUUAAAACAGCAGGAUUACCUGAAGUCCUGUCUGACUCCAGCCCUGUUAUAAUGGCCCCCAA